UCCUUUCUUGGAGGCACGUAUGUAAUCUUGAUGUGAGACGACUUGCAACCACAAGAGAGCACUCUUUCCUUUGAUGAUCUCUCAGCCUUCCUAGAAAGCUAAAGAGAUACCAUAUAAGUUUUGCAUACUGCUGGAGAACCCGCUUCAGUUAGAUUGGAACAGCAGAAACAACAAAGGCUGCAGAUGUAUUUUGGAUUACAGUGUGAAAAGCCUUUGGCUAGUUUUUCAGCUGACAGGAGAUCUUUGGUUCCUGAGUGGGAGGAGUUCUGCCAAAACUUUGAAGAUCCCUAUAAACUUUGGAAAUUACCCAUCUUUUGGAGACAACUUUAUCAAAAGACAUUGUGGGUUACAAUACAAGAGAAGUGUUUAGAGCCUGGAAGCUUGUUUAUGUUUGGUAUUAACUCUAUGGACACACUUUCAAGCUAGAAGAAAAGGAAUACAGGAACCCUCUUAUUAUCUUUUGAAAGAUGAAGAUCAGAGGAAAUGCUGGGUUUAAAGUGUGGAGUGAUAGUCCUAAAAGCCGGUCUAUAAAUUAGAUGGCAUCCUGCCUCUAUAAAAGAUUGAGGAGUAGAGCUGAUUUUCAGUCAUAUAGUGGACUUCAUGAAUUGUUAGUUUUGCCUUUAAAUCUGGACAUAGAUCUCACCCACAAGAACGGAGCAGACUGUGGGGCAGAGGACCCCAAUACAAAUGUUUCCUCCAUGCAUGGAUUAAUGCAAGAUUUGGAAGCCAAAUUUGAGAUUAAAAUUGCACUGGUAAACAAUGGACAGCAAUAAAGAUGCUGGACUAUUGAAUGGGAUGUUAUUCUCAGGAGCUAUGUCCAUGGGAAAUAACCAUGUGAAUCCUCAUGGGUUACCACUAAGAGAGCCCUUUGGUGUUCCCUUCCAUUUCGAUCCAACUUAUUGGGACCAAGCCUACCGUGGUUAUUCAGGUAGAUUUUCCUACAUCCCUUUCUCUGGAUAUGUAGGAGUCUAUGACUAUUCUUUUGAGCCUGCCUUCAUUCGAAAGAGAAAUGAGAGAGAGAGGCAAAGAGUGCGUUGUGUGAAUGAGGGAUAUGCACGCCUCCGAGAACAUCUUCCCAAGGAGCUUGCAGACAAACGCCUCAGCAAAGUGGAGACCCUAAGAGCCGCAAUAAAUUACAUUAAACACCUUCAGAGUUUGCUGGACUGUCAGCCGUUAGGGUCUACCACUAAGGAAACAAUAUCUGCUAAGGAGGCUACCGAUGCUUCCAGUCCUGAUCUAAGAAGGGAAUGCAACAGUGAUGGGGAGUCUAAAACCUCUUUAGCUUCAUCUCCAUACAGUGAGUUUGAGGAGACUUGCAUCUAGGAAACAUCAUCUUCAGGAACAGAUGCCUUCAAGACCAAUCAAAAACUCUGUUAUGGUAUCUAAAUCCACAUGAUUUUUCUACAGGUCAAAAAGUAUCCUACAAAAGAUGGAAAAAUCCUGGGAAAAUAAAGGUAUCUUCAGUCUCCGAGAAGACCUUUUCACUGUUGCUGCAUGCACAUAGCCUACAAGUGGUUCGU